UAAAAUAAUAAAAUAUAAUAUGUAAAAAUCAUUUUAUAAUUAUAUAAAAAUAACAAUGUUUAAAAUAAAGAUUUACUUGAAUGCACAUCAUAAUACUGAGAAAUAUAACAUUUAAUAUUUAAAUGUAUGUGUAUUAUUCAUCAAACAUUUUUAACUUUUGUAAAUUGCUUUGUACUAUUUGAAUAAUAUAAAAUGUAAUAAUUGUACAUUCAAGAAAUCUUAUUCUUUCUAUUGUAUUUAAAAUAUUAUGUUAUCUAAUAUUUAUUUUUAAAUACUGAUAGAAUAUAAUUUGAAUACCCUAAUUAAUUAAAGGUUAAAGAAAUACUCAUGGGAAAACAAGAUAAACAGAGGGUACAUGGAUAACGAGGUAGUAAAUAUUGCCAGAACAAGAAACAGUUAUGAGUGUUAUUAAAAUUAAACGGACCGGAAAAGCUGCUAGAGGGAGCGCCUCUCGUCAACCAAUGGGGGCCACAGACUUUACCACAGAUGAAUAUUUUAACAGCAAUCAUUAUUUCAGUUUCAUUACGAUACUACCAACAAUCAUGUACCGUUUUAUGGCACCUAAUAUAACUAUUUAUGUUAUGUCUUUAAACAACAGAUUUCGUGCUUUUAUUUCUCAUCGAGAACUUCUAGCACAGUAUAGUGGUUAUUUUAAAUCAUUACAAAAUUGUGAAACAAAUAAAGUUUUUCUUCCUAACAUCACUGAUGAUACUUUUUCAAUUAUAUUGUCAUAUAUUUAUACAGGAGUUCUUAAAAUAAACAAUGAAAAUAUACAUUCUGUUCUUUUAGCUACACACACUCUUCACAUGCCACAAGCAUCAGAUAUGUGUCGACAAUUUUUAGUAACUCAAGACCAAAAUAUAAUAAAACCCAUUGCAAAACUACCAUCAUUUGUAGAUGCAUCCGUAAUACAACAGCCAAAUGAAAAUAGAACACUAAAAAUAUCAGAAGAAUCAAAUUUCAAGCCACCAAUUCGCAAAGAAAAUAUAAUUUUGGAUAUAGCAAGUUGUGAUGGACCAGUUCAGUUUUAUAGAGUUCUUAAUGAAAACUACAAAGGCGAUGAAAGGAGAUCAACACCAAAACAAUCAUAUAACUGUGAAUAUUGCAAUCAUCCAUUCAAAAAUGAUAAAUCGGAUAAAAAAAAUAAUUCUUCAAUUCAAUACUAUCCGUGCAGACAAUGUGGAUCAAAAUUUCCAAGUUACUAUUUUGUUCACAAACAUAAAAAAUAUUGUAAAAUAAAUAUGUUGUAAUUUUUUUUUUUAAUAAAAAAAUAUUUAUCAAAAGUAAU